AAAGCAACAGCUGAUGGCAAAUCUGCUCCGGCGCUUGCACGCCCCCUCGGCGGCAAUCUCCUGUUGCUUCUCGGAGCUUGACUGCCCUUUGGAAAAAUCUCUCCGCCCCUCGAGAGGAGAGGGGAGCAGAGGACGCGCGCAAGCACGGAGCGGGAGGACGGGCAGGGAGAGGAGGAGAAGGGGUUUGCGCGCGGCCGCUACCCAGAAGCCUGAGGACGGCGGCACGGAGUGGGCUGUCCCCGCGCCCCGCCCCGAGCGAGCCCCCCGCCCCCGCCCCCGCCCCCGCAGGACGCGCCUCCCAGCACGCCCGACUCCUAGGAGGAGGGGAGGCGGGAAAGCAGCUCGAGCCUCACCCACCGCCCUGCCCCCAGCCCCGCCACUCCCAGGUUCCUCGGGACUCGGCGGGUCCUCCUGGGAGUCUCGGAGGGGACCGGCUGUGCAGAGAACUUCAGCCAGAGCAUCUGAGAUGGGAAGCAGAAAAAGGAUGGGCAGUUUGGAGAGGAAAAGCACAGCUGUGUACGCCAUGGAGUUGGUGCUGGUCUUCCUCUGCAGCCUGCUGGCCCCCACAGUCCUGGCCAGUGCAGCUGAGAAGGAGAAGGAAAUGGACCCUUUUCAUUACGAUUACCAGACCCUGAGGAUUGGGGGACUGGUGUUCGCUGUGGUCCUCUUCUCAGUUGGGAUCCUCCUUAUCCUAAGUCGCAGGUGCAAGUGCAGUUUCAAUCAGAAGCCCCGGGCCCCAGGAGAUGAGGAAGCCCAGGUGGAGAACCUCAUCACCGCCAAUGCAACAGAGCCCCAGAAAGCAGAGAACUGAAGUGCAGCCGUCAGGUGGAAGCCUCCGGAACCUGAAGGUGGCUGCUUGAACCUUUGGAUGCAAAUGUCGAUGCUUAAGAAAACCGGCCACUUCAGCAACAGCCCUUUCCCCAGGAGAAGCCAAGAACUUGUGUGUCCCCCGCCCUCCUAUCCCCCCUAACACCGUUCCUCCACCUGAUGAUGCGACUAACACUUGCCUCCCCACUGCAGCCUGCGGUCCUGCCCACUUCCUGUGAUGUGUCUGUGUGUAUGUGUGUGAGUGUGUGUGUUUGCUGACUGGUCUUCGUGGCUACUUGUUCGUGGACGGUAUUGUGUUUGUUAGUGAACUGUGGACUUGCUUUCCGGGGCAGGGGCUGAGCCACAUGGCCAUCUGCUCCUCCCUGCCCCCGUAGCCCUCCAUCACCUCCUGCUUCUAGGAGGCUGCUUGUUCCCCGAGACCAGCCCCCUCCCCCAAUUUAGGGAUGCCGUAGGGUAAGAGCACGGGCAGUGGUCUUCAAUUGUCUUGGGACCUGGGAAGGUUUGCAGCACUUUGUCAUCAUUCUUCAUGGACUCCUUUCACUCAUUUAACAAAAACCUUGCUUCCUUAUCCCACCCGACCCCAGUCUGAAGGUAUCUUAGCAAUUGGAGAUACAAAGCAAGGAGCUGGUGAGCUCAGCGUUGACUUCAGGCAGGCUAUGUCCUUCCGUGGUCAAUUUCUUCCCUAGGGCUUCCACAAGGAAUCCCCAUCUGCCCCGCCCCUUCACAGAGCCCCUGCAGAUUCCAGGCCCAGGGCUUCUACUCUGCCCCUGGGGAAUGUGCCCCCUGCAUAUCUUCUCAGCAAUAACCCCAUGGGCUCUGGGACCCUACCCCUUCCAACCUUCCCUGCUUCUGAGACUUCAAUCUACAGCUCAGCUCAGCUCAUCCAGACGCAGACUCCAGUCCCUGCCGUUGGGUCUCUGGCAGGCAAUAGCUGAAGGACCCCUGUUCCACUGGGGCCAGCACAUUGGGAUGGGUGGAGGGAGAGCAGAGGCCUUUGCUUCUCUGCCCACAUCCCCUUAGAUGGGCAGCAGAGGCAACUUGCGCAUCCUUCGCUCUGCCUGUCAGCAGUCAGAGCGGUGAGCAAGGUGAGUUGGAGACUCGGCAGGCUCCGUGCAGCCCUUGGGAACAGUGAGAGGUUGAAGAUCAUAACAAGAGUGGGAACUCAACCCAGAUCUCGCCCCUCCUGUCCUCUGUGUUCCCGUGGAAACCAACCAAACCGUGCGCUGUGACCCAUUGCUGUUCUCUGUAUCGUGAUCUAUCCGCUCAACAAUGACAGAAAAAAGGAAUAAAAUAUCCUUUAUUUCCUAGUG